CGAAUGGCCCGAUGGGUUUACUCUCGCGUAGACAAAACGAAACGACAAUUUGCUUCACGACGCUGCUGCUGCUGCUGUCAAGGAAUUCCUGUAGCUGCGGCCUCCUUGCUGACCUUGUCAUGUUGCAGAAGUGCGAGUGGCUACGUGAAACUAAAGUUACUUGCUUGAAAGGUACGCACCUCUUUGCUUUCGCCGUGCUCAGGGUCCUCGUCCGAUCUAUCUAUGCAGUUGCCUAUGCUGGGUAGCGCUGGGCACCCCUCUCAUGAGCAACGCCCAUCGAUCCAGGCCGCAGUACGCUGGUCGCCCGCAGACAGGCUGACAGGCAAGCUUGCACCGAUAUUGUGCACUGAGACUGCCAAAAGGCGUCCGCCGGUCAUCCAUAUUAUGCGAAUACUCUGACUCUCUGUGGCAAGGACUACUAUCGGUGGUCGCGCAGUAUCAAAAGCAGCACCGGAAUUUGGUCAGCAGGACCUAGAAUAAAAGUUGCUCCUCGCACGGCACAUCCCACACUUGUGUGACAGCUGAGUGACAGGCGGAGGACAAAUCUAAAGCAAAUAGAGACACAAUGUCAAGAUUAUGGUUUUCCUGUGUGGCAGUAGUGCUGUGUGUUUGGGCCGCCCCAACCUCCGCAACACGCCGACCAAGCCUGCCACCCGAACUGGUCUUGCUCCGUCAUGUUCGCCAAUGGGCAGAGGGCCUGGGACGCGCUGGUGGCCCAUCAUCCACAGGGCAAUCCGCCAUGCCAUCCGCUGACACUGCAGAGUGCAGUGAAGCACAAUGCUCUCACUGGAGAAAGCGCUACACCUGCUCGGGUAGCAUUCGGACCAGCCAUCUGAAGGUCAAACGGCACGCACAAGACUACUCUCGCCUGGAACUCGUCGUCAGUGGUGCGGCAAGCGACGAGGAAAGGAGCUGCUUUUCUGAAGUAUGGCUGCCGCUGGAGUGGGUGCGGGCACACCGACGCGGCUACCUAUCCGCUGGCAAGCGGAUUCAUCACCUGAGCAAAUCAACAGCAGGUCAGUCUACCCUUGACAGCAGACAUAGAGCCAACACGUCCUCUUGGCUUGUACUGGAUAUCACAUGGGUGUUGCCCACAGCCAGAGCCUUCACGCUGACCUGGCUAGACCAUGCUGUGCGGCUUGCGCAAACCGACUCUACUGUGCUCUAUCGCGUGCAUCACUUCCACAACGGGCACAACAUCGCCAGGACCGCCUUCCUGACGUAUGGCACGCGAAAAGCGCAGGACUUCCGCACGCUGUCCGAAGAGCUGAAGACCUUCUCGGCCAUGCCAGUAGCUACAGCGGAGGAGCACCGAUCAAGACGCUCUGCUGGUGAGACUAAUCCCACGGGACAUGAAGACGAGCCCACCAUACCAACACAGACGGGCACCACCAACACCACACGGCAAAAGCCGAAGAAGAGGAAGAAGAGCAAGGAGCAGCGGCGGCUGGAUCGUAAACAGCGAGAGCAGCAGCGGCUCAUGCAAGAGCAGCGCGAACAGCAAAUGGAAUCCUAUCGCACGACGACGACGAACACACGCACUCCGUCCCCGCGGCCCGACGAGAUCUCGGUCACGCCCCACAGUCGCUCGACGCCGUUCUGCCAGUUCGAUGAUUACGUCGUCAUUAACGUCAGCGACCUGGGCUGGACGUCCGUAAUCGAGCCUCGGCAGAUCAGGUUCCGCAAUUGCCGCGGUUCAUGCUUGUCAUCGCAUAGGGUGUCCACAAAUCAGCCAGCUUCGGCCAUGUUCACGGGCUACACUAAGUUUGCCCUGCUCAAGGAUGAUAUUCUGCAUCACUUGCCCAGCACACUGCAGGCGCAGGGCAUUCCCAAACAGCUGUCCAUGUGCUGUGUGCCGACCAAUUUCACCGACGUGCACAUGCUUCUGCACGAACAUCAGCCGCCCGUUUCCAUGGUGAACAUGUCGCACGUGAACAGCGCCGGCAUGGACGACAUCAAUCUGGGCGCGUACAGGUAUGUACGCCUCCAGGGCCUCUUGCCCCGGGCGUGUGGCUGCGCCUGAGAGCAGAUACUGCCGUGGACAUGGAAAUCAGGUCGGAGGUCGAGUGGCACCAGGGCGCUGGCCAUGCAGCCGUGAAAAUGCCUAAAGUCAACACGAGCACUGCAAUUUUCUGUACGCACUGAAGGAGGACGCUGGCUCCGCUUCAUUUCACCGAAUUUCCAUGACUACGACGGUAGGAUUCGACAUGGCUGACAACUGUGUAGGAUUGUUGAAACACGUACCACCAACCCAGGGAUCGUAACUCUCAUCCUCAGACAGUGAUUGAAUCAAUGCUAUUUCUAACUCAGAAGUGUGGAAUUGAACUUGACACGAACAGCUAUUUCUCUGAUUUGUUCUUCAAUUUCGCUCACGAUCGAAAAGUAUAAUACUAUUUCCAAUUUUCGAGAAUCAAAACCUUUCGCACAGGCUUUAAUGCACAUGUAUACCCAUUUUACCAGCAGAACUUACUUGUCUGACGUAAAGCAAGCCGCAUUUGACAUUGAGCAGUUUUGGAUUAGCUGUUUUCGAAUAUCUCCGCAACUAUGGUUUGCUAGCACAGCUGAGGUAAUGUCGUUUGCCUACUUCCACCGAUCCAUUAUCCUUAUCACAGUCUUGAUCGGUCCAUUGAUGAUCGUUUCCUACCUUCCCGGGCUGACCUCAUGUCCAAAUGAAAAUUUCUAUCCGAUCACUGUAUUCUGUUCAGUGCAUAACAACAGUGUUCUUCUCUCACGUGAUCACUCUACCCAUACAUCUUCACAACACUCUCCAAACAGCCUUGAUCACUGUCAUGCCGGAUCACAACCUAACCUGAAAAUACGCAAUACGAUCAUA